UCAAUAUUCUCCCCCAGUCAGGGGAAGCUCGCCGGACUUUUUGUGACAUUGAUUAAGCAGCAAUAUGUUUUCUUUCUCUACGUGAACCCGGCAUGGCAGUACGACUAAUCCGGGGACAAUGGCCCUCAAGCGACAAGAGUACCUUCUGCUGGCCGUUGGAGGUUUCAUAGCGUGGGGACUGGCCACCCAGUGGCUUCCCGUGCUCAGAUACCUGGGUUAUGCGCUGGUACUAGGUGCCCUGCUUUCUUUAACCACGCUACUUCUUCUUGUCCUUUUUACCACGCGAUCUACAGCCGAUGCAGCUUCCCCCUCCCUCAAGAAGCGCCCCGUUGCGUUCCUCACCCACCGCCAUUGGGACCAGGAAGCGCGGGGCGUUCGAAGUCGUUCCACCUACAAACCCAAAUCGCUAUACCCUCAAUCAUUUGUUGUCUCGGAGGGCAUUGAUGAAGUCUUGAGUCUGGUCACGCGCGACUUUGUCGCAUCAUGGUACCGACAUAUCAGUCCGAACCCCGCAUUCGUGAACGAGGUCGACCGAGUCAUCCGAACCGCCGUUGAGAACCUGCGCGAGCGAUUACUGGCAGAAGACUUGGUCUCACUUCUGGUCUCCAGGAUUUUCCCCAUACUUACAACCCACCUCAAGGAAUUUGACGUCGCUGAGCGAUUGGUGAGGGGAAGAAACCUCACUCGGAAUGUCACCGAGUCGGAAGAACUGGAUUUGGCUAUAGCGAGCAAGUAUCGGGAAGGCAAUCUACACCCAGCGGCCAAACUUUCUUUGACGGAUCAAAAACUCGUCGAGCAGGAAUACCUCCGCAAAAUCACCGUCGGGUUGUUGCCUAAACUGUUUCCUGCCUCGGUGCUUAAUAGUCGCAUUGUCUCCGUCAUGGUCCGAGAGAUCCUCGCUUGCGCGGUAUUGUAUCCCAUCACCGCGGCUCUGUCAGACCCGGACACUUGGAACCAGCUAGUGGAGGCCUACGGUCGUACGGCCAUACAGGAUCGAAAAACGGUGCGAAAGCUGCGGGCAGCAUUAGAUGAGCAUGCCUCACCGGCACCAAGAUCGAAGCGUGGGAGUCAAUUUCCCCGCCUGGGUCCUCACGAUUCAGAAAGAGCAUUUGAGAGGUUUGUACGAGCGAUUCGGCGCUGCGACAACAUCUCCGAUGCUAGACGGUUCAGAGCCCUCAUUGUAAGCCAGCUCAAGCGAGAAUCCAUGGUUGAAGGACAAGACGUCACCUAUUUACAACGGUUGGAAACGGCCAAGAGGGUCUUGGAUCAGAAAGUGGCCAAGCUUUCCACUCCGGCAGGCAGCCAUUUAUCGCACGCUUCUGCGGCAGCAUCGCACUUCCGGCGCAAAAACAGCGCAUCACGGGAGGCAUCGCUAGUCGAUGUGAUGCACGACGCUUCUGGUCUAUCGUAUUUCAUGGAGUUUAUGGACCGACAAAAACUCAUGUCUCUGGUGCAGUUCUGGAUCGUUGUUGAUGGGUUUCGCAAUCCGCUGGAAGAUGACUUUGGAGACGAGGAUUCUCCAAGCUCGACAACGUGGACGUCCACCGAUCAGAAUGACAUGGCUCUAAUCAGCCAGCGCUACCUGAACAAACCGGAAUUGAAAGUGCCGGAAGACUCACGCCGGGCAGUCAAAGCUUUCUUAAGCGCGGGCAAGCGAGCCACGGCGGAUCAGUACCGCAAAGCACGGACCGUGAUCCUGACCACCCAAUCCGCUGUGCUCGAGGAGCUUCAGAACAUCUACUAUCCCAAGUUCAAAAAGUCCGAUCUUUACUAUAAAUAUCUCGCAUCGGAUGAAGUUUCAUCAUCUGUGUCUCAUGCGCCUCACUCCCCAAGCGCCGCCGACUUGCCUGAGAGACGGCCGCUCCCUCCCUUGAUGAUCCGUACCUCAUCACAGCCUAAUGCCAGACCAAAAGACCUAAGACGAGCAGCUGUCUCGUCAAGCGAUGUACGAGGCAUGGGAAAGAAGCUCGAAGAUGAUGACUCCUCCAGACGCUCCUUUGAUUCUGACCGAUCGGCUCCCUUGUUUGAUGACGACUAUGACACCGAUCCUCUCGCAAUGUCGACCCAGAGUCUUGGUCAGGAAUCCCAGAAUGGCGAUAACGAGGCGAACCAGAACCAAGUUAUUGAGACCAUGGAAGCUGCAUUGAACGACAUUAUUACCAACCAACCCAAAAACAGCAGGCUGGAAGAUCUCAAGAGCGGAGACGCAUCUCCAACGCGUCUCACCGCCGGUGAUCAAGUCCCGCGGUCUCCGCGCAGCUCCUUAGAGUCUGCUCGGACCGAGAAUCGGAUGGACGAGCGUCCUAAGCCGAGCAUUGCCUCCCUUGGACUCAUUGACCGCUCCUCGCGUCAUGGCGUAUUUGACGAUGAUCUUUUCGCCGACCAGCAGAAGUUCAUUGAAGAUGAAUAUGAAGAACCCCUGGCAACAGACAAGGAUCCCGCAGAUGAGGUUCAUGAAGCUGCCCCAGGAGACCUAGGGCUGACAGAAGCCAUCGAGGCGCUCACGAUCGAGAUUGAGAAGCUGGGAUCACAAGAAUCCGUGGUCGACACUCUCACACGCAAGGCCGAACUCACGAACAACACCGCAGAAUUGAGAAUCUUGCGCAAGUCGAAGGCAAGCAUCCAGCGUGAGAUUCAUCGUAAGGAAAUGCAACGGCAACAGUACAUCAUUCAAGAGAGCGACAACAGCUUAUAUGGCCGAUCCACGGUCCGUAUCAAAUCCAUCGUAGUGGGUAAAGAGGAGGAUGGUCGUGAAUUCGCCAUGUACGUGAUCGAAGUGCAAAGAAAUGCUGGGGAGCAAAUGCCAGCGGCGUCUUGGGCGGUCGCGCGGCGCUACAGCGAGUUCCAUGAACUCCACACCAAACUGCGCAUGAGAUACCCUUCCGUGAGACAUUUGGAAUUCCCGCGCCGCCGGGUGGUCCUUAAGCUCCAGAAAGAAUUUCUUCAGAAGAGACGCCAAGCGCUUGAAACCUACCUGCAGAAACUGCUUCUCCUCCCCGAAGUCUGCCGCAGCCGGGACCUGCGAGCCUUCUUGUCGCAGCGAGCCAUCACUUCACGCGAUGAGUCGCAGAGCUCUCGCGACGGAGAGACUAAAGAUCUAGUGACCCGGAUCUACAACUCUGUCGCUGACGGCAUGGACGACUUCCUUGGCAAUUUCGGCGUGCUCGAUCAGCUCUCAACGGCCGGCCAGAACCUCAUCUCCGCCGCCACUAACACCACUACCAACACCUCAACCGCAACGGGCACUGUCCCCCUUUCCCCAGAAGACGCUGUUACUGCGGCUGAGGCCGAGGCGGAGCUCAACGCCUUCGAGGACCGCGACCUCGAACCUUUCAUCAAACCCAUCUGCGACCUUUUCCUCGAGGGCUUCGAACUCAACAAGGGCAACAACUGGCUGCGCGGGCGCGCCGUAGUCGUCGUCCUGCACCAGCUUCUGGGUGGCACCAUCGAGCGCAAAGUCCGGGAGGGCGCCCGCGCCCUGGUACAGGACGACUCCCUUCUCCGCUAUCUGGCUCUGGCCAAAGACACCAUGUGGCCCGGCGGGACCCUACGACAGAGUAAAGUACGAACGGGGCCCGAACGCCUCCGCAGCCGCACCGAGGCGAGCCUCGUCCUGGCGACCUUGAUCCCGGACCUGGCUGGAAACGUGGUCGGGCGGGCCAACGCGCAGGCGGCCGCGCGACGCAUUUUCGCUACUUUGAACAAUUCGCGUUUGAACGCACAUCUCGUGUUUACAAUCUUAGACGAGAUUGUGUUGGUGCUGUUCGGGGGAGUGAGCGGUGGUGUCGGUGGUCUUGAUGGCGUCGGACGAGGGCGUUGAACCAAAGAUCUCAAGUCUCCUUCCCCAAUGCAAUGAUAAUGGCUUAAUGUUGUUCUUUCAGCAUGAAUAUCUGCAGUUCCUCCCGGGGUACUUCUCACCCAUUCCCCGUUGCCCUUCUCUCUCCCGUUUCUCCUGGAUACAUUGCCAGUCCAUUUGCAUUGACUUUAGCGGGCGUUCCCAUUUCUGAAUUGAGUCCUUCUGCAUAUGUUUCAAUCCGUCGGUUCUUACCUCCAGUGUUUGCUCUCUUUUCAACACCCGGCCCUCGAUCUGCAAAUAAGCAUAGUUUGUCAUUGGGUGUUUGCUGGGGUCCCUUUCCGCCUAGAAUACUAACAUUGAUACUAAAUUUC